AUGACGCUGCUGCAGCUGCUCCAGCUGCUGCUCCUCAGCAGCGUUUCCCGCCAUGCCCUGACUGUGGUAGUGGAAGUAUAUGAAGGGGAAAGAUCUGUCCUGCUGCCCUGUCAGUUCACAGGUUUUAUACCUGUGGACCCCACAGUGAUGUGGACUCACAGAGAUCUUCAUCCCAAAUCUGUCCACCUAAGACGAGAAGGAGGAGACGAUCUCAGAGGACAAAACCAGCGUUACACCGGGCGCACAUCAAUGAGGCCUGAUGCUCUGGACACUGGAGACUUCAGCCUCACUCUGAAAAGCCUCCAACUGACUGACACUGGCAGCUACACCUGCUCCAUCAGUGAUGGGAGAGAAGAACUGAGACUUAAAGAUUUACAGCUGAAGGUCAAAGACCAGCAGGUGGAGGUGAAGGUGAAGGUGGAGGAAGGCUUAGAGUUUGUCAUUCUGCCCUGCAAAACAAAACCUGACCUGCCUGAGGACACCAUAGUGGAGUGGACUCGCUCUGACCGAGAACUCACAGUGACCCAAGUGCAUUCAAACAACAGUGAUCACCUGAAACAGCUGGACAACCUUUACUGCGGCCGUGGAAAGAUGAACAAAGACCUGCUGAGAACUGGAGACCUCAGUCUGACCCUGAAAUACCCCACAGAGAGAGACAGUGGAGGAUACAUCUGCACCAUCUACAGGGACAAAGAGAUCCUGAGACAGAAAGUAGUGCUGCAGGUCAAAGAACCAUUUCUAAUCUGGAACAUUGUUCUUGUGGUUCUCCUGGUUCUUCUUGUGGUUUCUGGAGGUCUCAUAUAUUAUUUCCAGCACUAUUUCAUGUCAGUUUACCAGGUGGAGGUGAAAUCAGGGGUGGAGUCUGUCCUGCUGCCCUGCAAAACCACACUCCGCCUGCCCAAAGACGCUGAAGUGGAGUGGAAGGAUGGUUCUAUGUAUGACAGGAAGGUCCACGUGUAUGAGAACGGCUCUGACCAGCCUAAAAAACAGCAUGAGGAUUACAGAGGCCGAACAGAGAUGAAGAGAAGCCUGCUGAAACCUGGAGACCUCAGUCUGACCCUGAAAUACCCCACAGAUGAAGACACAAACACCUACACCUGCACUGUUUACAGCAAGGAGGGAAACAUCCUGAUGAAGAAAGACGUGGUGCUCAUUUUCAGAGAUUACGCUGAGGUGAAGCCAGUGCACUCUGAGGUUGAAUAUGUCGAGCUGCCCUGCAAAACCACACUUAACCUGCUUGAAGUUGCUAAAGUAGAGUGGAAGGAACGAGGCAACAGGAAAGUCCACGUGUAUGAGAACGGCUCUGACCAGCCUGAAGAAAACCACCAGGAUUACAGAGACCGAACGAAGAUGAAUGAAGACCUGCUGAAAAAUGGAGACUUCAGUCUGACCCUGAAAUACCCCACAGAGGAAGACAACUCCAUCUACACCUGCACCGUCUACAGCAGGGAGGGAAACAUCCUCCUGAAGAAGCAAGUGAAGCUGAAAGUCAUAGUCUGUCAGGUGGAGGUGGAGGAGGGGGCGGAGUCUGUCCAGCUGCCCUUCAAAACAUCACGGAACCUGCCUGAAGAUGCUGAGGUGGAGUGGGUACGCUAUAACCCAAAGAAGACGAUCCAUGUAUAUAACAACGGCUCUGACCAGCCUGAAGAACAGGACCAGGAUUACAGAAACCGAACGAAAAUGAAUGAAGACCUGCUGAAAACUGGAGACCUCAGUCUGACCCUGAAAUACCCCACAGAUGGAGACAGUGGAGAAUACAAAUGUGUAGUGUAUGGGAAGAUUUGGAGAGAGAAAACUGUGCUGCUCAAAGUCAAAGGUUCAAGGUCAAACAAGGGACAAUAG